UGGUAUACUGCAAGUCAAAGGGCUAAGAAAUGCAACUUGUACUUAUAGUAUUAUUUGAUCUGCAUUUAUGGAUCCAAGAGCAUGUGAUCCAUUUAACCAUCCUCACUACAUUACCUUUACCUCUUGACAAACCAAAACCAAGCCCCACUUGGAUUUUCUUUCAUUUUCCUGUCCCUUUUAAACUUUGACUACGAUUUUGGUUCUUCAUGCCUAUAAAAAAACAAGGGGAAUUGCAAAAGGACAGAUACUGUGUAGAUCAAAUCAGUGUGGACUGUCGGGAGGAUGAAGAUGAAUGAGAAGGGAGUGGGCUCUUAUCUGCCUGCUAUCAUAUUUGUUGUGGCUGUGAGCCUGUGUUUUGCCUCGAAUGUUGAGGGUGGGUGCAGUAGAAGUCCAGUGAUAUUCAACAUGGGUGACUCAAAUUCAGACACUGGCUCGGUUUUGAAUGGGUUUGGAUUCGUGAGGCCACCUCCUUUCGGUCGUCUCUUCCACAGGUAUGUGGGCAGGGUCACUGAUGGAAGAUUGAUCAUUGAUUUCCUCUGUGAGAAUUUAUCGACUAGUUACUUGACACCAUACCUAAAAUCCAUGGGGUCAAGUUUUACCAAUGGAGCAAAUUUUGCCGUGGGUGGUGGAAAGACCUUUCCAAGAUUUGAUUUUUUCAACUUGGGCCUUCAAAGUGUCCAAUUUUUUUGGUUCCAAAAUCAAUCCAUUGAACUCACAUCAAAAGGUUACAAGGAUUUUGUGAAAGAAGAGGACUUCAAGAGGGCACUUUAUAUGGUGGAUAUUGGACAGAAUGAUUUAGCCUUGGCCUUUGGUAACUCCUCCUAUCCCCAAGUUGUUGAAAGAAUUCCAACUUUUAUGGCUGAAAUCGAAUAUGCUAUUGUGAGUCUAUACCAACAUGGUGGAAGGAAAUUCUGGGUGCACAACACAGGCCCGCUGGGCUGUUUGCCUCAACAACUUGUUAACAUCAGCAGAAGCUCUGAUGACUUUGAUAAUCAUGGAUGCCUCAAGUCUCGAAACAAUGCUGCUAAAAAAUUCAACAAGCAAUUAAAAGCUAUGUGCAAAAAACUAAGAGCUGCCAUGAAGGAUGCCACCAUUGUCUAUGUCGAUAUCUUCGCCAUCAAGUAUGAUCUCAUUGCUAACGCUAAACUAUAUGGGUUUGAGAAUCCACUAAUGGUGUGUUGUGGGCACGGGGGCCCACCAUACAACUUUGAUAACUUGAUUCAAUGCGGUGGCGUUGGGUUCAGUGUAUGCGAGGAAGGAUCCAAAUAUGUGAGCUGGGAUGGAAUUCACUAUACCCAAGUCGCCAAUCAAUUUGUGGCUUCCAAAAUUCUCUCCACUAAUUUCUCGACUCCUCCGCUUCACUUUGAUUUCUUUUGUGAUUAAUAAUUUGUUUUCCAAUUUUAAUUUAACUAUUAUUCAUUCCAUACGCAUA